AUGGCUUCUUUAUACAACUUCAGUUCCGAAACGCUUGCUGAGCUUCGCAAGUUCCGCUUUGCUAGUGCCAGAGCGGACACCAUGCAAGCUGUCAUUUACUCCAUUGACAAAGGGUCAAAUAAUAUAAUCAAGGAUAAUGAUACCCCAAUUGAUAACAUCGAAGAGCUUGUGGAAGAGCUUCCAGAUAACAGUGCUCGUUAUGUCCUUCUAUCAUAUCCUUUGAAGCUUUCUGAUGGCAGAGUGAAGAGUCCAUUUGUUUUGCUUUACUGGAGGCCUCCAACUUCAGGACAGGAAAACAAGAUGCUUUACGCUGGUGCCGUUGAGCUUUUCAGAGAGAAGGCUGGUGUGAACAAACUUAUUGAAAUUGAAGAAGAGGAGGAUUUCGAAGAACUUGAGGAGAAAUUGGGUAAGGGUAUCAGCUCUUCUGCCAUUCCAUACUCUAGAAACGCUCCAGCUUGGUUCAAGCUCUCCUCUAACGAGGUUGUUGAGCAGAUUGUCAAGUACGCCAGAAAGGGUUUGACUCCUUCUCAGAUUGGUGUUAUCUUGAGAGAUGCUCACGGUGUUUCCCAGGCUAAGGUUGUCACCGGUAACAAGAUCUUGAGAAUCCUCAAGUCUAACGGUUUGGCUCCUGAGAUCCCAGAGGACUUGUACUUCUUGAUUAAGAAGGCUGUCUCUGUCAGAAAGCACUUGGAGAGAAACAGAAAGGACAAGGACUCUAAGUUCAGAUUGAUUUUGAUCGAAUCUAGAAUCCACAGAUUGGCCAGAUACUACAGAACCGUCGCCGUCUUGCCUCCAAACUGGAAGUACGAGUCUGCCACCGCUUCUGCUUUGGUCAACUAA